CGCCGCGAAUCAGUCGCUCCUCGGAAUCGUUGCGCGCGGUCGUCCGUCGCUCUCCCGAGACGCACCUGUCAUCGCUCCGAUACCAACCGAAAACAAUUCUCGCUCUCAUGCUGUCGGAAAUGUUCGGCUGAGUAGUGUCGCGUAACUCAUGAUGGCGUGGGCUAAGCAGACGAGCGGCGCGCUGCUGUGCGCGCUGGCGCUGGUGCUGCACGCGCGCGCGCUCACGCUGCUGCCUCACGACGUGCGGCCCGGCCACGCCGUGCGCCACUUCCUCGGCAACCACUCCCGCUACACGCUCAUAGACCCCGAGUUCUCCCCCUACUUCACCAUGCUGGACGACGGUCUGCUUAUGACCACUGCAGACCUCGCCCCGCUCCUCGGACGACCCCUCAACCUGGCCGUCCUCGAGCAGACGCCGUAUAGCACGUCCGCGCACACUGUGAAUCUACUCGUCGUGGAUCGGCGACGCAUGCUCCACUUCCCAACUGUUAAAGGGCUGCGAGGAGAGAUACCAGAAAAUGCGCCGCCCGGCACCGUCGUAGAGCUUCCUCCUUUACGAGCCACGGCCAUCCUCGAUGUUGGCCCCAUUGCGUACAAAAUUAUCAAAGGCAACGAAGACUCGAAGUUUGCCUUACGCGACAAGGCUAAGGGGGAAUUUAUACCGAAUGUGAAGUCUGUUGUCACAGACGGUGAUGUGGAAAUAAUUGCAACACGUGCUUUAGAUACGGAAGCAAAGAGCUCUUAUGAUUUAGUGAUACAAGCGACAGACAUGCACGGUGCAACAAAAGCGAAUCUUCCCCUUCGAGUAGAUGUCACGAACGAAAAUGAUCAUGCGCCUGAAUUCGAACAAGAGAUUUAUUAUUUCGCCGUGAAUGGAACUCAUGAUUCAAAUGGACCUAAUGGAACUGCUCGUUGGCAGCGCUUUUCUAAUAUCGGCGAAGUAAAAGCUCAUGACUUUGACGGUGAUCGUGUUUACUAUUCACUGGAGACGCCUAGUAAUUUGGCGGUGAUUGUGCCGCAGACAGGUGAACUGAUAUUGGCUGGCGAGCCGGACGGACACGAGGCACAGUUGCGUGUGUUAGCUCAUGACACGGGAAACCCUCCUCGCAAAAGCCGUCCUGCUCGUGUUGUUUUAGAGUUUGUAGUCCGCGACGACAAAGUUCUGCCAACACUCCACCGUGAGAAGCGUCGCGUGACCCGCGCCGUGCGGCCCACCAAGCGCAUUGAGUUCACGGAGGCUGACGGGGAAGUGGAGGGACGCGCGGUGUUCACUCUUGAAAAAGAAACCGAUCGUGAAACAUUCAAAAUCCGCGAUGAAAAUCCGUGGGUGACCGUCGAACCAAGUGGUGUAGUGAAAGUUAAAAAGAAGUGGGACUAUGAGGAGUUGGGUCCAGAGAAGACCAUCGACUUCUGGGUGACCAUAACCAACGCUGGAAAUGGAGUGGCUUUGAAAUACACGGACAACCAGCGCGUGAUCAUCCACGUGAAAGACGUGAACGACGAGCCGCCCUACUUCAUCAACCGGCCGCUUCCCAUGCAGACCGUGGUGCAACUGAACGCCGCCCCCAACACCCCCGUCUUCACUCUACAAGCUAGAGACCCUGACACGGACCACAAUAUACACUACUUCAUCGUGAGGGAUCGGACAGGAGGUCGCUUCGAAGUAGACGAGCGGUCUGGAGUCGUCAGGACUCGCGGCACUGAUCCAUUCCAGCUCGACAUGGAGUAUGUGCUCUACGUCAAAGCGGAAGAUCAGAGUGGUCGAGUAGACGAGCGCCGCUUCCAGUCGACUCCGGAAGAGCGCCUGUCCAUCGUGGGCGGCAAGCGCGCGCCGCAGUUCUACCUGCCCAGCUACGAGGCCGAGAUCGCUGAGAACCAGAAGAAGGACUCAGACAUAAUAUCCGUGAAGGCCAAGUCGUUCGCCGACCGCGAGAUCCGCUACACCCUGAAGGCUCAGGGCCAGGGCGCCGGCACUUUCAACAUCGGACCCACCUCGGGCAUCGUGAAGCUGGCCAAAGAACUCGACUUUGAGGACCUCAGGCAGCCCCACGUGUACUCUCUAGUGGUCACCGCUACGGAGGACUCGGGAGGAUUUUCUACUUCUGUUGAGCUAACCAUCCGAGUGACGGACGUGAACGACAACGCGCCCAAGUUCGAGCUGCCGGACUACCAGGCGCACAACGUGGACGAGGACAUCCCGCUCGGCACCAGCAUCCUCAAGGUCAAGGCCAUGGACGCCGACUCCGGGAAGAAUGCCGAGAUCGAGUAUCUGGUGUCCGAUGACCACUUCAGCGUGGACUCCAACGGCAUCAUCACUAACAACAAGCAGCUCGAUGCUGACAACAACAACGCCUACUACGAGUUCACGGUCACGGCCAAGGACAAGGGCGAGCCCGCCAAGACCGGCGCCGCCACCGUGCGGGUCUACACCAAGAACAAAAACGACGAGGAACCCAAGUUCUCGCAACAAGUAUACACGCCCAAUGUAGACGAAAACGCCGGCCCCAACACGCUAGUCACAACCGUAGUAGCAUCCGACAAAGAUGGAGAUAACGUCAGAUUCGGAUUCGUUGGCGGAGGCACAAGCUCUGGCCAAUUCGUCAUAGAAGAAAUAACUGGUGUCAUCCGACUACACAAUAAAGCUAUUUCACUAGAUAGAGACAAAUACGAGUUAAAUGUAACGGCUAUGGAUGAUGGCGCGUGUUGCGUGAAUGGAGAUGCGACUAUACAUACGUCCACAGCAGUAGUAGUGGUGUUCAUUACUGACGUGAACGACAACAAGCCGAUAUUCAAAGAUUGCCCGACAUAUUUCCCUAAAGUAGAAGAAGGUGCACCGAAUGGAAGCCCAGUUAUAAAAGUGCAUGCAACAGAUGAAGAUAAAGGUGUAAAUGGUCAAGUAAAAUAUUCUAUAGUCCAGCAGCCUAAUCAAAAAGGAACUAAAUUCACAGUAGAUGAAGAAACUGGGGAAGUAUCGACGAAUAAAGUGUUUGACAGAGAAGGGGACGAUGGCAAGUUUGUUUCAGUGACAGUGAAGGCCACCGACCAAGGUGAACCCUCACUCGAAGGUGUGUGCUCGUUUACUGUCGAGAUCACCGAUGUGAAUGACAAUCCGCCACUGUUUGACAGACAAAAAUAUGUGGAAAAUGUAAAACAGGAUGCCAGUAUUGGCACAAAUAUUUUGAGAGUAUCAGCAUCUGAUGAGGAUGCUGAUAACAAUGGAGCUAUAGUUUACACAUUGAGUGCUCCUUACAAUCCUGCUGAUAUUGAAUACUUUGAGAUUCAGCCUGAAUCAGGCUGGAUCGUAUUAAAGAAGCCUCUAGACCGAGAAACGUACAAGUUGGAGGCUAUGGCUCAAGACAAGGGCUUCCCGCCCUUGUCCCGAACCGUGGAGGUCCAGAUAGACGUAGUGGAUCGCGCUAACAAUCCCCCCGUUUGGGAUCACACCGUGUACGGCCCGAUCUACAUUCGAGAGAAUUUGCCCGUCGGCGCCAAAGUGGUGUCCGUGAAAGCAAGCUCGGGCAUCGAAAACAAUCCCACAGUAUUUUACCGGCUCAUGCCAGGCUCUACCGCACAGACAAACAAAUUUCACACGUUUUAUCUACAACAAAGAGCUGAUAAUGGAUUCACGUGGGCCGACAUUAAAGUUAAUCACCCCUUGGACUAUGAAAGCAUCAAAGAGUACAAUCUUACUAUUCGGGUUGAGAACAACGGAGCACAACAACUGGCUUCAGAAGCGACGGUGUUCAUCAUGCUCGAAGACGUAAACGACGAGAUCCCGCUGUUCACGGAGAGAGAGCAGGAGACCGUGCUGGAGGGAGAGCCGAUAGGGACCAAGGUCACGCAGGUCAACGCGAUAGACAAGGACGGCACGUUCCCGAAUAACCAGGUGUACUACUACAUAGUGGACUCGCCGCGGAACGAGGGCAAGGACUUCUUCGAGAUCAGCAUGCAGACGGGGGAGAUCUUCACGAAGGUGGUGUUCGACAGGGAGAAGCAGGGAGCGUACGCGCUGGAGGUGGAGGCCCGCGACGGAGCACCCUCGGCGCGGCCCAACUCCGACAACCAACCCAACUCAGUGACAAAGUUCAUCCGCAUCGGCAUCGCGGACAAGAAUGACAACCCGCCGUACUUCGACAAGGAGCUGUACGAGGCCGAGGUGGACGAGAACGAGGACAUCCAGCACACCGUGCUCACCGUCACCGCCAAAGACCACGAUGAAUCGUCGCGUAUUCGAUAUGAGAUCACGAGCGGGAACAUAGGCGGCGCGUUCGCCGUGAAGAACAUGACCGGAGCGAUCUACGUCGCGGGCGCGCUCGACUACGAGACCAGAAAGAGGUACGAGCUGAAGCUGGCCGCGUCGGACAACCUGAAGGAGAACUACACGACGGUGGUGAUCCACGUGAAGGACGUGAACGACAACCCGCCGGUGUUCGAGCGGCCCACGUACCGCACGCAGAUCACCGAGGAGGACGACCGCAACCUGCCCAAGCGCGUGCUGCAGGUUACGGCUACCGAUGGCGACAAAGAUCGACAGCAGAACAUUGUGUACUUCUUGACUGGACAGGGCAUUGACCCCGACAACCCAGCCAACAGCAAGUUUGACAUCAAUCGAACCACUGGAGAAAUAUUCGUUCUGAAGCCAUUGGACCGUGACCAGCCCAACGGCAGGCCACAGUGGCGAUUCACUGUAUUUGCUCAAGAUGAAGGUGGAGAGGGACUAGUGGGAUACGCAGAUGUCCAAGUUAAUCUCAAAGAUAUAAACGACAAUGCCCCCAUUUUCCCACAAGGAGUUUAUUUUGGAAAUGUCACAGAAAAUGGUACAGCUGGCAUGGUUGUAAUGACUAUGACUGCUAUAGAUUAUGACGAUCCAGCAGAAAGUAAUAAUGCAAAACUCUGGUAUUCUAUAGAAAAGAAUGUCAUAGAGGAAGAAACUGGAUCGCCUAUUUUUGAAAUAGAAGCUGAAACUGGUGUGAUUAAAACGGCUGUGUGUUGUUUGGAUCGCGAGAGGACACCAGAUUAUUCUAUACAAAUAGUAGCGUCAGAUGGAGGGGGGUUAAAGGGUACUGGGACAGCAUCUAUAAGAGUUAAAGAUAUUAACGAUAUGCCACCACAAUUUACAAAGGAUGAAUGGUUUACAGAGGUUGAUGAAACAGAUGGCACUAACCUACCAGAAAUGCCUAUUCUGACAGUUACUGUACAUGACGAAGAUGAAACCAAUAAAUUCCAAUAUAAAGUAAUUGAAAACAGCGGAUAUGGUGCUGAUAAGUUCACAAUGGUGAGGAAUAACGAUGGUACAGGGUCACUAAAAAUUGUGCAGCCUCUUGACUACGAAGAUCAGUUACAAAGUAACGGUUUUCGGUUUAGGAUACAAGUUAAUGACAAAGGAGAAGAUAACGACAAUGACAAGUAUCAUGUAGCUUACUCAUGGGUUGUAGUUAAGCUAAGAGAUAUAAAUGACAAUAAACCACAGUUUGAUAGAGCUAAUAUUGAAGUAUCAGUGUAUGAAAACGCAGAAGUUGGUAAAAGUUUAGAAACUUUCAAGGCCACUGAUCCUGACCAGGGUGGCAAAAGUAAAGUAUCGUAUGCUAUUGAUAGAUCGUCAGAUAGAAAGCGUCAGUUUUCCAUCAACCAAGAAGGUACGGUCAGUAUACAGAGAGCUUUAGAUCGAGAAGAUACUCCUCGUCAUCAAGUUAAAAUAUUAGCUAUUGACGACGGUGUUCCACCAAGAACUGCUACGGCUACUCUUACUGUCAUUGUUCAAGAUAUAAAUGAUAACGCUCCGACAUUCUUAAAAGAUUAUAGACCAGUACUAACGGAGCAUAUAACUCCUAAAAAAGUUGCUGAAAUUUUGGCUACUGAUGACGAUGAUCGGUCUAAAAGCAAUGGUCCGCCAUUCCAAUUUAGGCUUGACCCUGGAGCAGAUGACAUUAUUAGAGCUUCUUUCAAAGUGGAACAAGAUCAAAAGGGUGCCAAUGGUGAUGGUAUGGCUAUUGUUUCGUCUCUUAGAUCUUUUGACAGAGAACAACAAAAAGAGUACCAUAUUCCCAUCAUUAUUAAAGAUCAUGGAAACCCAGCGAUGACAGGAACUAGUACACUAACUGUUGUUAUUGGUGAUGUCAAUGACAAUAAGAUGCAACCUGGAUCUAAGGAAAUACUUGUUUAUAAUUACCAAGGCCAAGCCCCAGAUACUGAAAUCGGACGAGUAUAUGUCUACGAUCUCGAUGACUGGGAUUUACCAGACAAGAAAUUCUUCUGGGAGAGUUCUGAACAUCCUAACUUUACAUUGAAUGAAGAAACUGGAAUGAUACAGAUGAAACACAAAACUAGAGAGGGGAGGUAUCAUCUGAAAUUCAAAGCUUAUGACAGAAAACAUACACAAACCGGUGUACCAGCUAAUGUAACCGUGUACGUUAAAGAAAUAUCCCAUGAAGCUAUCAUAAACUCAGGCUCACUCCGGAUAUCGGGUAUUUCCGACGAAGACUUUGUGAGAGUUUGGAAUUAUAAAACUCUGAGUGUGUCAAGAAGCAAAUUGGAUAUUUUCAAAGAUAAACUUGCAGAUUUAUUGAAUACAGAACGAGAUAAUAUCGACGUAUUCAGCGUGCAGCUGAGGAAAAAGCAUCCUCCCAUUACAGACAUACGCUUUUCAGCACAUGGUGCCCAUUAUUACAAGCCAAUAAGAUUAAACGGUGUUGUUCUAAUGCACAGAGAAGAGAUUGAACGUGCCGUGGGUAUCAACAUUACAAUGGUCGGCAUAGAUGAAUGCUUGUAUGAAAACCAACAGUGCGAAGGUUCAUGUACGAAUGUUCUCGACAUCAGUAAUCUACCGUACAUGGUUAAUGCAAAUAAAACUGCUCUGGUUGGGGUACGAGUUGAUGUUAUUGCAGAAUGCACAUGUGGUGCGAGGAACUUCACUCAAGCCGAAACUUGCCGAACUUCGCCUUGUUAUAAUGGUGGUCGGUGUAUUGAAGGCAAAUACGGCCUUACUUGCUCAUGUCCACCCGGGUACACGGGUCCCAGAUGUCAACAAACGUCUCGAAGCUUCAGAGGAACUGGGUGGGCGUGGUACCCGUCCCUUGAAAUGUGUGACAGCUCACAUUUGAGCUUCGAAUUCAUAACACGCAAAUCCGAAGGUGUGCUUAUUUACAAUGGACCCAUUGUACCUCCGGAACCUGAAGAAAUAAUGGUAUCAGAUUUCAUAUCGGUCGAAUUGGAAAGGGGAUACCCCAGGCUCCUAAUUGAUUUCGGUUCUGGUACCCUUGAACUACGGGUCAAAACCAAGAAAAGCUUAGACGAUGGCGAAUGGCACAGGGUCGAUAUAUUCUGGGAUACUGAAAAUGUAAGAAUGGUCGUCGACUAUUGUAAAUCUGCUGAUAUUCAGGAAAUGGAAGAUGGCACACCGCCAGAGUUCGAUGAUUCAUCGUGUCAGGCUUCCGGAACUAUUCCUCCAUUUAAUGAAUAUUUGAAUGUGAAUGCGCCUUUGCAAAUAGGUGGUCUGUACAUCGAGCACUUUGAUCCCACCCAUUAUCAUUGGCAGUAUAUGCCGAUCGGAAAAGGAUUUGAUGGAUGCAUUCGCAAUCUAAUUCAUAACAGCAAACUGUACGACCUGGCUCACCCGGGACUCUCGAGGAACUCCGUUGCGGGCUGCCCACAAACUGAAGAAAUCUGCAACCAAGCUGAUACCACAUCUAGGUGCUGGGAGCACGGCACCUGUGUCGGAAGCUUCUCCGAAGCUCGGUGUCAGUGUCUGCCUGGCUGGACCGGGCCGUCCUGCAACCUCCCAACCACUCCUACAAGCUUCAGACCACAGAGCUACGUUAAAUUUGCACUCAGCUUCGAGCCUGACAGGUUCAGUACCCAAAUUCAGCUGCGAUUCCGAACGCGCGAGCCGCACGGAGAGCUAUUCCGUGUGAGUGAUCAACACAACAGGGAGUACGGAAUCCUGGAGGUCAAGGAUGCGCGACUCCAUUUCCGUUACAACUUGAACUCAUUGCGGACGGAGGAGCGCGACGUGUGGCUGAACUCCGUGGCGGUGGACGACGGGCAGUGGCACAUCGCGCGCGUCAGCCGGUACGGCAGCGCCGCCACACUAGAAGUGGACGGGGGUGAAGGGAGGAGGUACAACGAGACCUUCACCUUCGAGGGUCACCAGUGGCUGCUGGUGGACAAGCAAGAGGGAGUAUACGCGGGUGGUAAAGCCGAGUACACGGGCGUGAGGACGUUCGAGGUGUACGCUGACUUCCAGAAGGGUUGCCUGGAUGAUAUCAGGCUGGAGGGCAAGCACCUGCCGCUGCCGCCGGCCAUGAACGGCACGCAGUGGGGGCAGGCCACCAUGGCGCGCAACCUGGACCGCAACUGCCCCUCCAACAGCCCCUGCAUCAACGUGCACUGCACCGAGCCCUUCGUCUGCGUCGACCUCUGGAACGAGUAUGAGUGCACGUGCCCGGGCGGGUCGGUGCGCGGCGGCGGAGGCUGCGUGAACGUGGACGAGUGCCGCGCGGCGCCGUGCCGCCACGGGGGCACGUGCGUGGACCGCGAGCCCGCGCGCCGCUACGACUGCCUCUGCUCCUUCGGCUACGCGGGCCACGACUGCGAGCUCGAGCUGCUCGCCUCCGGCAUCAUCACCCCCUCCAGGGAUUUCAUUAUAGCUAUCAUUGUCUGUAUGUUUAUGUUAUUAGUCCUGGUGCUGGUGUUCGUGGUGUACAACCGGCGGCGCGAGGCGCACGUCAAGUACCCUGGACCUGAUGAUGAUGUGCGAGAGAACAUCAUCAACUAUGAUGAUGAGGGCGGCGGCGAGGACGACAUGACCGCCUUCGACAUCACCCCCCUGCAGAUACCUAUAGGCGGGCCCUUACCUGAUCAUGCUCCCGCUAAGAUGCCAUAUCCGUUGAUGGGCGUGGGUCUGGGCGUAGGGCCGCUGGGCGCGCUGGGCGGCGUGGGCGUGGCGCUGCCAGGGGAGACCAACGUGGGCAUGUUCAUCGAGGACCACAAGCGGCGCGCGGACGGCGACCCCAACGCGCCGCCGUUUGACGACCUGCGCAACUACGCGUACGAGGGCGGCGGCAGCACGGCCGGGUCACUAUCGUCGCUCGCUUCAGGUACGGACGACGAGACGCACGAGUACGACUACCUGGGCGCGUGGGGCCCGCGCUUCGACAAGCUGGCCGACAUGUACGGCCCCCAGGACGACGAGCAGCUGUAGGCGCCCCCGCCCCCGCCCCCGACAUCUCCUUAGUCAAUUCUACCCCCCGCGCCCCCCACUGUACAUACAACAUUCAGCGAGGCUCGCACGAGCCGAACUUCUGUUGUGUUGUGUGUUUCUUUCUCGAUUUUUUAUACAAAAAUAUUUAUAUUUCAUUUAACGACUCGUCUCGUCUUGUCUACUUUUAAGUCUAAGAUUUAAUUACGUAAUUUUAAAAAGUUUAUACUUGUAUCUUCACCAAAUAUUUGAUAUAUAAGUUUUUAUUCGAGUUAGCCAUAUUAUGAGUCAGUAUUUUAUUGGAAGUUCGUAUUGUAAGCGGUUGGUGCGGCCGGGCCGGUGAGGAUCUGCCCGUGGGCUGUUUGUAGAUAGUGUGCUAUAAAUGUGAAUAAUUUAUACGAGUAUUUUGUAAGUCCACAGCUUUACGUGAUAUCACUGACAUAACGGCCCGUCCGCACUAACUCAUUAGCGAAAUAAGAAAUUAUGUUAAUUAUAGAUAACAUCGUCCGUUUGGACGGUGCGACUAAUGAGUCUAAUAAUGCUCAUAAUUAUAAACAGUGAACUAUGGCCAGAGAGCGUACUGUACAUACGAUACACUAGCGUUGAACACAAUUAAAUGGUUAGUAAAAUAUAUAACUCUGUAAUUUAAAUGUACAGUAACUGCAUGGUGUUCCUCUCAUAUAUUUCUCGAGUUACUGUUAGGGAUAUAGUGGACAGUAUGAGAGUGGUGAAGUGACGUAGUGACGUCACUGGGCGUGAGUGAGUCGCGUGUCAGAGCUGGAGUGAGUGAGCGAGUGAGUGGCUCGGUGACCGGUGACAACAUCGCACAGUGGAUAUGAAUGGGACUGUGCCAAUUUAUAGCAUUGUAACUGAUGCGGCUAACGACUGUAGAGUAAGUGUCUGCACUUUAUUUAUUCGUGUAAUAAAAUAAUACUUAGUCGCACCUAGGGAAAUAUCAAUAAAUUAUUAAGAGUGUUGUGCUAGAAUACUACAGCCGCUAUCGAUGAGGGACAGUUCGUAACAACUAUUAGAAGUCACUAAUUUAUAAAUUAAAUUUUAAGAAUUUAUAGUUAAAUAUAAUAAUAAUAUUAAUAAAGUUUCAUGAACUGUCUCACUUCGAUGUCGGUCGACGAUCAGUGUAAAUUUUAGAAUAUACUUAAUUGCGUUAAAAUGACUGAUUUUAUUAUGCGUUUGAAAGCCUAAGAUUUUGUAGUUGGGUUAUUUAAUUAUAUAAACUUCGAUAUUAUCUAUACCUUAACUUAAGGUCACCCACUAGUUUGCACUCGAGACAAAUAUCCAACUCCUACAUCAAUAUAAAGCAAUCCUCGUUAAUUAUUAUUCAUAUAAGGUAGGCAUUUAAUAGUUAAAAAGUUUGUAUCAUCAAUCACACUUUGUUUUUGUUGUUUUUACAAUCGUUACACUGCCAGUAUCAUACAUAUAAACGAAUUACGAUAAAGCCUACUUAGUCCGAUUUUGUAUUACACUCUUACUUAUACAAUUUUAUAAUAGUAAGUUUUUUGAACUGUUUUUACAUUUCGGUGACCCCGUUUGUUUGACGACGCGCCUGGCCGCGGGCUGGGCGCCUGUGCUGUCUCUCUUCGUAUGUAAUGACUUCCAGUAUAUUAUGUGCUUCAACCCACGUGAACAUGUAUGUAAUCCUAGCUGUAACGAACUCCAUUCACGCACGCUCCGUCAGAGCAAUGUCAUUCAGUAUUAUUUGUUCUGCAAACGCUACUUAAGGCCAGUAUUAUUGUAUGUAAGCUUUUUGUAUGUUACCAAAAUCCAACAGUUAGGAAACUUAAAAUUUCGUUAAAAUUGACAUCACAGAUCGUUAUUAAAAUACAGUAGAAUAUUGAUACGGUUUUAAUAAUAAUUACCAGCAGCAUUGCUUAUCAAACAUAAUGAAUAGCUUAAAAUAUACCUAUACCUACAUACAUACGCAGUAAGUUUAAUGUUCGGAACAAUAAACUAGCUGUUUAAACCUAUAAAAGUAAGUCUUUGAAAUAUAGACGCAAUGACAAGUUUUAGUAGGUAGUAAGUUUUCGUCGAAAUAUGAUCAGAGCACACAUGCACAGUACAAACAAACCGAGUCUACACUAACCGCGAUAUAUUCCUAAUAUAUACGCGUUAAUAUUUUAUUUUAUUUAAGGCAUUAAAUUAUAGUUACGUUUCGUUUCAACUGUGAUUAUUUAGUUGUACAGCCCUGAUGAUGACAUAAAAGAAAGAAUAAAAGAUUAUGUAAAUUAA